AUGAAUACAUCAGAGAUUGGGGCCAACUCUUAUGUACUACAGCAGGAGAUGCGCGCUGUGGUGGAAGAGAAGACACGUCUUGCUGCCCAAGUUGACGAACUGCGGCGUGAGUUAGAGAAACUACAAGGGGAACAGAGAGAAAAUGAUAAUAAUAACAAUAAUGAUAACAACAUUAGCGAUACUAUCAAUCAUAGCAACAAUAAGAAUGCAUUAGUAGGUAUGGGUAUUGCUGCAGCUCAUAUCAAGAUGCUUGAGAAGGAAAACAAGAUGCUUCGCGCCAAAUAUCUUCUUCACCUUAAUAAUGACCAACGAGAACAACAACAACAACAAUGGAUUCAGAUGAAUGAGUCGACAUCACACUCCAAUAUAGAAACAGAGACUUCCAUUGAGAGUGUAAAACUCUCCUCACCAGGUUUACUACGGGCUCUGCGUGAUGUAUUUAAUCCUGGGAAAUUUAAAAUGCCCAACGGUGCUGUCGUCUCACUGGAGUACAAGAGUGAAUAUCUUGUAAUUCGUGGUUCUCCAUCUAAUCGUUUUCAGUUCAUGGCACUUCUCUUACACGCCGUGCUGAAAUAUAUGAAUACAGCAGUACAUCCAGAGCCUCAUCAUCCCACUGCAUAUAAUAAAAAUAUGAAUAGAGUUCCCCAACAAGAGACAUUAGAAGAUGUGAAGAUGAAAGAAGAAAAGGAAGAAAUAAUAAAUGCCCUGCGCCGGGCAAUAGAUGUGGAACGUGUAGAACGUGAAAAGGCAGAAAUGGCGCGGAAUAGUGCGGAACAUGAGUGUACAUUGAAAGAGGCACUUCUCCGCAGUGAACGUGAUCGUUGGAAGCAGCAACGAUAUCAGCUAGAAAAGCGUAUAGAGAAGUUGGAACAGGAAGUAAAAGGAAGAAGAGACUCAUAUCAUGAUGGACACUCUUCUAUAGAAAGAAAAUUAUCACAACAACAACAACAACAACAACAGUUAAAUCAUAGUCCAUCUAUGGCUAUGAAAACAAACAUUCCUCAUCAUGAUACGUAUCUUGAUGACCUUAUCGAACAAAGAGAAUCAUCCUUAUCCUCUUCCUCCUCCUCUUCAUCUUCAUUAUUAUUACUAUCAUCACCAACUCAGCAGCAGCAACAACAAGAAGAGGAAAAAGAGGAAAAGAGUGGGAUAUAUGUACUUCGUACGCCUUAUCGUAGUCGUAGUAACAAGAAACAUGUUACUCUUGCUGUUCCCAUCACAGAGACUACAUCGGAUGAAGGAGAUCUCAUUAUCCUUCAACGGGAGAAGGAGUUACUACGGAAUGAGAAGAAACGUCUAUUGCAGCAAAUAGAGAGUAUUCAAAAUCUUGCCCAACAACAACGUGAUCGUUUACAGAGUAUUGAGACUGCGGUAUCUCAAUUGUGUCGUCGUGUUUUGAGUACAAGUGGAGUGGCAGCAGCAAUGAUGAAUGAAACGCAAAUCCCAUUAACAAUAUCCAAUAAAUGGGGAAAAGCUUUACUGCCACAUCUUAUUCUCCAUCAUUCUCGUACAGGAACGAGUAGUAACAGUGGUGUUGAAGAGCAACGUAUACGGGAGUUAGUCCUCUCCCUCACCAAUACUAAUAAUAAUAAUAAUAAUAAUAAUAAUAAUAAUAAUAAUAAUAAUAAUAAUAAUAAUAAUAAUAAGGAAAAAGAAAAGGGAGAUGGAAGUGUAGUAGAACAACAACUUGCGGAUCUUGCAGUAUUGCUGGAGAUUGAACAGCGGGCAAUGCGAGCAGCACUGGAGUUUGCCGUGCAUGAACGUGAUGCCGCCUUGCAAGCACAGCGAGAAGAAACACUUCUUGGUCAAGGCACACACACAACAAUGAUCUCACCAUCACUAUCAUUACGGCAUUCUGAUGAUAUUUUACUUUCAGCUGCUGUGAAUACGAGUGUCAGCCACAACAGACAUGAUGGUGAAGUGCAGUUGACAACACUGGCGAAGGAAAAUGUGGAACUGCGUUGUGAACUGCAGCAGUGCUUUGAUGAUAUGCGGCAACUCGCUAAUGUGAUUGAGAAAUUGCAAGCCAUGCAGAAGGAACUGCAGGAGAAACUACGAAAGAGUGAUGAACAUGUACGUCAGAAGGAAGAUAGAAUCUGGCGUCGGGAGAUGCAACACACACGUGAGUUAAUGCUUGAACGGGAGAAGGAGCGAUCACUGGAAUUACAAUUACAACGUCUAGAAAAAAAAUAUCAACAAUUUCAACAAUAUCAACAUCAUAAUCCAUUAAAUGUAGUAGACUUGUCUAGUAAUCCUUAUCCUACACAACACAAGAAGAAUACACCACGUGGAUUGCAAUCCCAUCUUGUAUCAACACCCGCUCGAAGUCAAAACAACACAGGACACAGCACUGCUGCUACUACUAAUACCACCAAUACUAAUACUACUAAUAUUAAUACUACUAAUACUACGGAAUCAAGUAUCGUUAACGAGAGCAGGAAUCAAAGUAUGUACAACACCAGUGGGGGUAUGACUUCGCUCAAUGACUUUAGUAUUACCCCAAUAAAGAGAAACACAGGGAAAAUGAUGGAAAGGGAGAAAGAUGUUGGGUCAACAACAAGAACAGGAACAUCAGCGACCACAGCACUUUACUCUCCAUCAAUGAUAUUGCGCAAGGAGAACUUUGAAAAGGCACUACAUGAUAUACACCCUCGGUGA